AUGGCGUUUCCCUAUAAGAAGAUACUUCUCAUCGGAGCUACUUCUGGUAUUGGCCGCGCUUUAGCUGGAAGUCUUGUUGAAAAUGGGCGCUUCGUUAUCGCAGUGGGUCGACGCCAGGAAAAUCUGGAUUCUUUCGUACGGGAAUAUGGCACGGCGAAAGCCGCAGCAUUCCAGUUUGAUAUCAGCAAGCUAGAUGCUAUUGCCGCCUUUGCAAAGAGUGUGACUGACUCCCAUCCUGAUCUGGAUUGUGUCUUCAUCAACUCGGGAAUCCAGCGGCAGUCGGUCUUCAGCGAGCCAAGUGAAAUUGAUAUAAAGGCGAUCCAGGACGAACUGACGGUAAACUAUACCUCCUAUGUCGCAUUAACCAAGGAGCUUCUACCUUUUUUUAUGUCCAAACGGGAUACACCAGUGUCGUUUAUCUUCACCUCAUCUAAUCUAGCCCUGGUUCCGAUCCUCCGAUGCUCAAACUACUGCGCGUCCAAAGCAGCUCUCCACCACUGGAUACUCUGCCUACGUGAGCAGUUGAAGGGAUCAAAUAUCAAAGUUAUUGAGAUCUUCCCGCCUAUUGUGCAGACCGAACUGCACGACGCGAAGCACCAGCCUGACAUGGGCGCACACGGGCAAUCUAUGGGCAUCCCAGCGGAUCAGUUCACUGAGGAGGCAAUGGAAAAGCUCCUGGCAGGGGAUGAACAGAUUCCCAUCGGCCUAUCUACUAUCGCUUUUAAUAGCUGGGAGCAGCAGCGCCAGCAAGCUUUCUUGAAGGUCGUUGAGAUGAUGAAGAAAGGUGGCUUCUAG